AUGACUGACCACAAGCAAACCGCAAUAUUGUCCGUUUACGACAAAACCGGACUUUUGGACCUCGCUAAAGGGUUAACAGAUGCCAAUGUCCGUAUCUUGGCUUCCGGUGGAACAGCAAGAUUGGUACGUGAAGCAGGUUUCCCAGUGGAGGAUGUUUCAUCAAUCACUCACGCACCAGAAAUGCUUGGUGGAAGAGUCAAGACAUUGCACCCAGCUGUCCAUGGGGGUAUUUUAGCAAGAAAUCUAGACAGCGAUGAGAAAGAUUUGGAACAGCAAGGAAUUGAAAAGGUUGAUUUUGUCGUUUGUAAUUUGUAUCCAUUCAAAGAAACAGUUUCAAAAAUUGCUGUAACUGUUGAUGAAGCCAUUGAGGAAAUCGACAUUGGCGGUGUUACAUUGUUGAGAGCAGCAGCUAAGAAUCACCAAAGAGUUACAAUUUUAUCAGACCCAAAGGAUUACUCAGGCUUUCUUAAAGAAUUGAAAAAUGGCCAAAUUACUACAGAGACUAGAAACAGAUUGGCAUUAAAAGCAUUUGAACACACGGCUGAUUAUGAUGUUGCCAUUUCAGAUUUUUUCAGAAAGCAAUAUGCUGAAGGAGUUUCACAAUUACCUUUAAGAUAUGGAGCCAACCCUCAUCAAAAACCAGCGCAAGCUUUUGUUUCCGAGGGAGAGUUACCAUUCAAAGUUUUGAAUGGAUCUCCAGGCUAUAUUAAUUUGUUGGAUGCUUUGAAUUCAUGGCCAUUGGUUAAAGAAUUAUCAGCUUCAUUGAACUUACCGGCUGCCGCUUCUUUCAAGCACGUUUCACCAGCUGGUGCCGCUGUUGGUUUACCAUUGUCUGAUGUUGAAAAGAAGAUCUAUUUCGUUGAAGACAUUGAAAAUUUGUCUCCCUUAGCCAACGCUUAUGCUAGAGCUAGAGGAGCCGACAGAAUGUCAUCAUUCGGAGACUUUAUCGCUCUUUCAAACAUUGUUGAUAAGCCAACUGCACAAAUCAUUUCUAAAGAGGUAUCUGAUGGUGUUAUUGCACCAGGUUUCUCUGACGAAGCUUUAGAACUCUUGAAGAAAAAGAAAGGCGGUAAAUAUUGCAUAUUGCAAGUUGAUCCAAACUUUACUCCUGCAAACUUGGAAAACAGACAAGUUUUUGGAGUCACUUUGCAACAAAAGAGAAAUGAUGCUAUCAUCAAAGGAUCCUCUUUUAAGGAAAUCGUAUCGAAAAACAAAGAUUUGACUGAACAAGGUGCGGUUGAUUUGACCAUUGCAACUAUUGCAUUGAAGUAUACUCAAUCCAACUCAGUUUGUUACGCCAAAAAUGGUAUGGUUAUUGGUUUGGGUGCCGGUCAACAAUCCAGGAUUCAUUGUACCAGACUUGCCGGUGACAAAGCCGACAAUUGGUGGUUAAGACAACAUCCAAGAGUUUUGGGCUUCAAGUGGGCCAAGGGUGUAAAGAGACCAGAGAAGUCCAACGCCAUUGACUUAUACGUUUCCAAUCAAAUUCCAACCGAAGAGCCUGAAAAAUCGGAAUACGAGUCUAAAUUCGCAGAAAUUCCUGAACCAUUAACCGCAGAGGAAAGAAAGGAUUGGUUGAAAAAGUUGGACAAUGUAGCAUUAUCCUCAGAUGCCUUCUUCCCAUUCCCAGACAAUGUUUACAGAGCCGCAAGAUCUGGCGUCAAGUUUAUUGCCGCUCCAAGUGGGUCAGUUAUGGAUAAAGCAGUUUUCAACGCUGCAGAUGCCAACGACAUAGUUUACGUCGAAAACCCAAUCCGUUUGUUCCACCAUUGA